AUGAAGCAGAAAAAAUUCGACUCCAAAAAAAGUAAUAGAACCGAGUUAUCAAAAAGAGGAGACUCUCCUAAUAUAGGAAUUUCUAAAUCUAGAACUGCAUGUAAACGAUGUCGAUUGAAGAAAAUUAAAUGUGAUCAGGAGUUCCCGAGCUGCAAAAGGUGUGCCAAACUAGAGGUACCGUGUGUUUCCUUGGACCCCGCCACCGGAAAGGAUAUUCCCAGAUCUUAUGUCUUUUUUCUGGAAGAUAGAUUGGCUGUCAUGAUGCGUGCAUUGAAAGAAUAUGGUGUAGAUCCCAUGCAAAUACGGGGAAAUAUACCUGCUACGAGUGACGAUGAGCCUUUUGAUUUGAAAAAAUACAGUUCAGUCUCAUCUUUGGGACAAGAGGGGUUACUGCCACAUAAUGGCUUAUUAGCCGAUUAUUUGGUUCAGAAAGGGCAUUCCAUGACAUCCUCAGUUUCAAUGGGCAAACCUAUGGGAAGCCCACAGACUAUAAAUAUUCAACGUAAAGAAUUUCUGGCAGACUCAAAAGAAGAAGACGGCAGCGCUUUAUUACCUGAAAAAGGCAGCCCUAUGACUUCAGAUGCAAGGGCGGAAGAGCUGCGCCAAUGUAAUAAAGAGAUCAGUGCAUUGGGCACGAUAAGGGAAAGUAGUUUUAACUCGUUUUUAGGGGAUUCAUCUGGCAUCUCAUUUGCGAGAUUGGUUUUUACAGCAACUAAUUUUCGACAAGAAUCUGGAGAUGAUGUAUUGGAUGAAGAUAUUAAACUAAGAGAACAGAAAUACAACGAAUAUGCCGAAGCUGAGAAUAAUCCUCACUUUGAUCCAUUGGAGCUACCACCUCGUCAUGCUGCUGAAGUUAUGAUAUCAAGGUUUUUUGUGGAUACUAAUUCACAGCUACCUUUGCUGCAUAGAGAACUUUUCUUGAAAAAAUACUUUGAACCUAUUUAUGGCCCCUGGAAUUCCGAUAUUGCAUUGGCUUCUGAUCAGACAAACAUAAAUACCGCGUUUGAAAUUCCAACCGCUAGUAGUUUUUCAGCGCAUACGGAACCAAAGAACGAUAACGUUAUCGAGAAGAUUAACGUAUGCCUUUCUGAGGAUGUUCCAUGGUAUGACACUUGGAAGUCUUUGCAAAACGACAAAAUAUGCUCGGUAAUUGAACUACCGACAAAAUUUCAUAUACCUUACUUUUUUUUAAACAUUAUAUUCGCUAUUGGCCAUGCUACGCAGGUACUGAAGUCAGAUAUUACUACUGUCGCUACAUACAAAAGACGCGCUACCAAAUAUAUCGCCUCUAUAUUUUCAUCUUCAGACAGAUUGGAGGCAUUGGCAGGCACUUUGCUCAUGGUAAUCUAUUCGAUAAUGAGGCCGAAUGUUCCGGGUGUUUGGUAUACCAUGGGUUCAGUGCUAAGAUUAACUGUUGAUCUAGGUUUGCACUCAGAAAAAAUUAAUAAGAAUUAUGAUGCCUUUACCAGAGAUAUUCGCAGGCGUCUAUUUUGGUGCGUCUACUCCUUGGACCGGCAAAUUUGUUCUUAUUUUGGUCGACCUUUUGGUAUUCCUGAAGAAAGCAUCACCACCAGGUAUCCUAGUCUUUUGGACGAUUCCCUCAUCACAUUAACUAACCAGGAUGUUGACGAUUACUCAGACCUACCAAGCCCGAAUCCGUCCUCGAAAGUUAUCGCAUUGGCUAUGUAUAAAAUCAGAAGGAUCCAAGCCAGCAUAGUGAGAAUACUUUACGCACCCGGUGCAGAAUUACCCAGGAGGUUUAUGGAUCUCGAGAGUUGGCGAAUCGAAACGCACAAUGAGCUUGAACGUUGGUUUCAAGUGGACGUCCCGAAAAAUUUUGAUAGAAUGAACUGCAAAUAUAAUAGCAUCUGGUUUGAUCUGAACUAUCAUUACUCGAAGAGUAUUCUUUAUGGACUUUCUCCGAAAUGCCCUACUUUGAAUGAUACCGCUUUUAAAAUUGUCCUGGACAGUACAAAGGGCACCAUAGACGUAUUUUACAACCUUUGUGUCAAUAAAAAAAUUGGUUACACGUGGGUGGCAGUUCACAACAUGUUCAUGACAGGUAUGACUUAUCUUUACGUGAACUUUUACUCAAAAAACAACAUAAAUGACUCUCAAGAGAAAGUUUCUGAAUACACUGAAAAAGUGUUGAUAGUACUGAAGAAUUUGAUAGGUUUUUGCGAAUCCGCAAAAACCUGUUACACUAGUUACAAAAUUUUGUCAUCAGUUGUGAUAAAGUUAAAAUUUAUGCAAUUGAAUGACGACAAUGGAAUUUUUUCGGGUUCAAAUACUCUAGCCUCCCAAGCAAAGCGUAUGUCAGGUUAUGGUAAAAAAACUAAUGUACUUGGGUUUGAUGACAGCACUUUCGAUCAUAAAGCUUUUAAUAAAUACAACGUUGAAGAGAAAGCACCUUUUGAUAUACCUUUAGAAGAAUUUUUUACCGAACUGGAGAAACAUAGUAAUGUUCCCCAGUCUGAUAUUAUAGAUGUGAGCGAAACUAAUCCAGUGAUAAAUGAAAAUGUUUCUACAAAUAUAUCUUCUGCAGUGAAUGGCCAGUUAAAUACCAAUAAUCAAGAUAUUAUGGAUAUUCUUUUUCAGGUUACUUCGCGAUCUGUAUGGGAUGAAUUUUUUGUCAGAUCUGGUAAUGGAAACGAAGGCGAGUCUUCCUAUGAUUUCAGUAAUGGAAACAGCUCUGGAUCCGGCGGGAUGUUUUAG